AUGUCUCUGACGAUUGAUCCGCCUGCCGCUUCAAUUCCUGCAUCUGGUGGAAAGUCUGCACAUACGUUGGCGAAUGCUGGAGAGGCCAAGGUGAUCUUCAAGGUGAAAUGCUCGAACAACAACGACUAUCGUCUGAAACCCGUGUUCGGAUGUGUGGAUCCAGCUGGUAAUGCACCGCUUGAAAUUACUCGUACGGCCGGUGCACCGAAAGAGGAUAAGCUGGUCAUCCAAUGGGCCCCAGCGCCGGCAGAUGCAACGGAUGCUCAGGCUGCUUUCCCAUCAGUUCCGCCUGAUCAAAUCCAGUCGCUCACCGUGCCACUGUCUGCCACGUAG